AUGGCUACUACAGGACAACGUCGAAUGACAACAACUUCAUCAGUGAGUCAAAAACAUCAACCAAGACGAUAUGUUUUAGAUGAUCCAUAUAAAACAAAUCGUCGACAACAACAACAAACUACUAGAAUUAAAACAAAUCGAAAUACUAAUAAUAUGAGAGGUAUUAAUAAUUCGAAUGAUUCUGAUCAACAACAAUAUUUAUCUAGAUCUGGUUCAAGUGAAUAUUUGAUUCGUAAUGGUCAAACAAUAACAGCAACUGAAUAUGGUCGUAUGUUACACGAUAGUGAAUCAUCAUCAGGAACCGCCACAAGAUAUAUCGAUGAUAAUAGUAUCAGACAAAUGUUAGAAACAGACGAAAAUGGUGAACAACUCUUAUCAUCGAGAUCAUUAACAUCAUCAAUGGCAACGGAUGUUAGAAAUUAUCCCAUUAAUAUUGAUCCUAAUCCAGAAUUAAUUGUUCGACCAAAUACUCAACGUUUAACAUAUACACACGAUGUAGCUGUGAGAUAUUUGCGUCCUCCAACACCGCCACCUCCCGGGCCAAUUGUUAUUCGUGAAAUUCGUGCACCGCCUCCUCCUCCAGCACCUCCAAUUAUUUUGAGACAGCGUCCACCUCCUCCAAGAACACCAUCACCAGUUAUUAUUAGAGAACGACCACCAAAUCGACCAAAAUCGAUACCAACAACAGUGAUAAAAAAAGUGAUACCACCUCCAGCUCCACCACCACGGAAACUGAUUAUUGAACGUUUACCCAAUUUACCUCCAAAACCUCGUCCAGUAAUUAUUGAACGGUGGCUACCGUACAACAAACAAAAGCGUCAAGUGGUUCAUGAACGUGCCAAACCAUUAGAACCAACGGCACGAAUAAAAAAUACCAUUAUAGAAUGGAGACCACCAGAAGUUGACUUAGUUAAACAUGUUAAAAAAUUAGGCAUACAACAAGCAGAUCCGGUGAGAUAUUAUCAACAAUAUGGAGAUAAACUAUAUACAACAGAUUUUAUCCAGCGAAAAUUUCAAGAAUUAGGUCUACGUGAUGAAUUAAUUGUUUUACAACAGCAACAACUUCAGGCUGAACAACCUAGAACAAGUGAUAAUGAACUAUAUGAUUUACAAAAUAGUGAGGAGUAUAGUUUAGGUCAAAUGUAUCGUACAUCUGGAGCACAAACCUCAUCACGUCAGUAUAAUUCAUUAGUACGUCUAUUAAAUGAAGAAAAUAUUGAUACAUCACAAAUAAAUAUUGAUCAAAUUAUAAGUGAUCAAGUGUAUGAUAUUGAACGUCAUUCACCUAUUACUGCCUAUGAUGGUAGUUCACGUGAAAGUGGAAUAUUAAGAAAUAGUAACAUAGAUAAUAUUGAUGAUCAAGGAUAUGUAUUAACAGAAGAAAUUAUUCGACGUAAUUACGAUAAUAGCGGCAAAUUUCCUACACAUUUAUUAACGAAAUUAGGUUCACAUGUCUAUGAUAUGCCGUAUGAUCAAGUUGGUCUAUCGACGGGAAGUGGAAAUCAACGAUUGAAUAGUCGAAUAUAUUAUGACAGUGGAAAUCAAUCAAAUCAAGAAGAAAAAUAUGGGGAAAGCAAGUCAUCCGAUUUACAAGAUCUAUCCAAUAAUUAUGAUGGUGGGUACAUAACGGCAGCAACGACGACAACUACCAGUGGAGCAGACGAAGGAACUGAGAAGAAUCAUGGUCUGUUGAACUUUUAA